UUCAUCCACGGCGGCGCCUGGCGUGAUCCACGUAAACUCUACCCGGGCUUUGUUCCCUGUAUUCGCUCGCUCCUCGCCUCCGCCAACCCUUCUGGCCCCGGCCUCACCUCUUCCGGCAUCCGUGCCUUCGCCAGCAUCGACUACCGCCUCUCACCCCACCCCGAAUUUCCCCAGGACCCUUCUUCCGUGCCGCCCUCGGAGCUGCGCGAAGCCCGCCACCCCGAUCACCUGCUUGACGUGCGCGCCGCUCUCGCUAGUCUACAGGAGCGGUAUGCCUUUGGCGACCGCUAUGUCCUGAUCGGCCAUUCUGCCGGUGCCACCAUGGCGUAUCAGUUGGCCAUGGGUGGUGCCGCCAUCGGCCUUGGUGCUCCUGCCGCACCUACCCCUAGCGUCAUCCUGCCCUCUGCUGUCGUCGGCGUCUCAGGCAUCUAUGAGUUGCGCAAAUUUGUCCAGCGCCACGGUCCCGCCUACGCCGCUUUCGUUGCUGGGGCGUUUGGCGACGACGAGUCGGCCUGGAACGAUCGCAUACCCGCAUGCUACAGCGGCAGCUUCAGCGAGCAGCUCGGGUCCACGCGUGCCUACCUUUCCUGGUCGCCCGGUGACCAGCUCGUCGAUGAGACUGAGAUUGACCUCAUGGCCAAGCGGCUGGGAAAGGAUAAGGUUCAGGUCAAAGUCACCAAGGAUCUCACUGGCAACCACGAUGUUGUAUGGGAGGAAGGCACUCAGCUGGCCCAUAUUAUAAAGACUGUCUUGGCCGACCUGGCAGGCCCAUGA